UCCAUGGAGAACAGAUCUGAAGUGAAGGAGUUCAUGCUCACAGGAUUAACAGAUGCCCAGGAACUUCAGGUUCCUCUCUUUAUAAUGUUCACCUUCAUCUACCUCACCACCCUGGUAGGGAACCUAGGGAUAGUAGCUCUAAUCUCCUGGGAUUCCCGCCUCCACACCCCCAUGUAUUUUUUCCUCAGUAAUCUAUCUCUGGUGGAUUUUGGCUACUCCUCAGCUGUUACCCCUAAGGUGAUGGCUGGGCUCCUCACAGGGGACAAGGUCAUCUCCUAUAAUGGAUGUGCUACACAGAUUUUCUUCUUUGUGGCCUUUGCCACAGUUGAAAGUUUCCUCUUAGCCUCCAUGUCCUAUGAUCGCCAUGCAGCUGUGUGUAAGCCCCUACAUUAUACCACCACCAUGACAUCCACUGUAUGUGCACAUCUGGCCAGUGGUGCUUACCUCUGUGGCUUUUUAAAUUCCUCCAUAGUUACAGGAGACACCUUUAGCCUCUCCUUCUGUCGGUCCAAUGUGAUCCAUCACUUUUUCUGUGAUGUUCCCCCUCUCCUUCUUAUAACCUGUUCUGAUAUUCACCACAUUGAGAUGGUUAUAUUUAUCUUAGGAAUAUUUACAGUAUUUUUUCCCCUUCUGGUUAUCUUGGCUUCCUACCUGUUCAUCUUCAUCGCCAUCCUGAGGAUCCGUUCUGCUGAGGGCCGCCAGAAAGCCUUCUCCACUUGUGCUUCCCAUCUCACAGCAGUGUCUAUAUUCUAUGGGACAAUCAUUUUCAUGUACUUCCAACCCAGCUCAAGUCAUUCCAUGGACACGGACAAAAUGGCAUCUGUUUUCUAUACGAUGGUCAUACCCAUGUUGAACCCUCUGGUCUAUAGUUUGAGGAACAAAGAGGUCAAGAGUGCUUUCCAGAAAGUCGUGGGAGGACAAAGACUUCAAUUAGAUCAUCCUUUUUCUUAG